GAAAAAGACAAUCAAAUAUUUUCUUUCUUUCUUAACUGACAAGAAGUCUGCCUAAUAAAUAGAAUCACAUUGCAAACUCCACAACUCCAACUCCCUAACAAUCUCUAAUUUGAAUCCCCUUUGUCCCAGUCUCAGAUAUGGGCAAUGUUGCUUCUUGCACUCCUUUGAACUCCAAUGGGGUUUUUAAGGUCUUAUUCUUUGAUGGGAGAGUAGAGGCCUACACAAAACCAAUAAAAGCUGCAGAGCUCAUGUUAGACCACCCUGGCCAGUUUGUUUGUGACUCUAGCAACCUUAAAGUUGGCCACCGUAUUCUAGGGCUCUUAGCCGAUGAAGAACUUGAAAGGCGCAAAUUCUACUUCCUUCUACCAAUGGACCUGCUAUACUCAGUGCUAACCCAUGAAGAAAUGAGCUCUCUUAACUACAAAGCAUCCAGGGCAACCAAGCAUGGAAGUUUUAACAAUUUGGGAAAGAUUUUUCCAGUGUUUAGUGAGUUUUGUAUGUUUCCUUCAGAGCCAAAGAGAUUAGAAGCUGAUAAUCAGGUGGUAAGGGAGCCGGAGCCAGAGCCAGUUGAAAGGUACUUCAAACAGAGGUCUUGGAGACCCAUACUGGAGACCAUUGAUGAAACAACUCAAUGAAGAUCUCAAAUGAACAAAUAUGUUCUUCUUUUUUUCUCAAUUUUCUCCAUUCAUUUGUGCCCGGUACAAUUUUUUUCUUUCUUUGUAAGUUUAGGUUAGAUUUAGUCCACAUAUGAAUUUCAUCUUAGCGCCACUGGCAUAAACAAUUUAUCAGAGCUGCAUGAAUAAUGUAAACUAAGUGAAAUACUUCUGAUGUAAAUCCCUCCCUGCAAUCUCCAAAUAAUAGCUGAGUAGAUUAGUUCUAUUUAUCUCAGAAAAGUGUUGAAAGAAAUAUAUUAGAGUCCAGAUUCAAAAUGUCUGAACUGAAAAAUAAACUUGCAUAUUUAAUA